AUGAACAGAAGAACGACGCAACUGAUGGCUCUGAAUUCGUGCGAACGUAUAAGACCGGAGAGGCCACGGAAUGCAAUUCAACGUUUGGUCUGGGUGCCAGGAUCGCAGCUUCACGUUGGCUUUGUUGGUAUAGCCGACGAUGAGGGUACUAAUCCAAGAAUGGCACUCAGAAGGCUGCUGCGUCUGUACGAGGGACGCCAGUAUCGCGAGGCGGCUGGUUUCCUGUUGCGGUUGCCGCAGUACACGUUGAAGGCCGCACUGCCGGACAUCCCGAUCGACUUGCUAAUCGAGACGCUACCUCACAGUCUGGUACUGCUGGAAGCUCUGUACGCUCGUCUCCUCGAGUUGGGUAUACGCGAUGUCAAGGUGUUGAGGCUUGAGCAACUUCUAUGGCGAGUUGUAUAUCUCAUAGCUAGCGGUGACGCCCAUGACCAGUUUCAUUUGAGGGCUUGGGCAAGGCUGCUCUCUGCUCUCAACAGAGCAGCGCCAAGUGUCCGAAGCGCCCUGAUCACUCGUCGUCGUGCCCUCGAAAGAGCAGUCGAGGGUCUAGGUAAACACGGCCUCGUCCAAGCUAAACCCAAGAGCACUGUUAGCAAUGGAAAUAGCAACGACCAUCAUCAUCAUCAUCAUCAUCAUCAUCAUGGUUUCUCGUCGUCAAAUAGCAUUAACAGCCUGAUCAAUUCCACGUCAAAUCUAGUGCCGUUGCCAGUUGCGCUUAAAGACGAAUUGGAGACACGAGCCGAUGCCUACAAGCUCGCACUUCAUAAGAUCGAGAGCCUCGGCAAGCACGCGGGUUUGCACAAAGGUGAUCAAGGUGUGCAAGCAGCAUCACAUCAACGUCAACUGUCAUUAAAGCACAGUGAGGUGCAGCAGCGUUUAAUUGACAACCAAGGUUUGCUAAACGUUCUUGAACGUGCAAGUGGCACAAGAUUGGACGAAUUGUUAGUAGAGUUAAAAACACGCGUCGAACAAGACAAAGAGGCAUUGAGACAGUGGAGUGUAUUGAGAAAAACUUACAAUGAUUCGAAGAAUCAAACCUCGCUCGCUGCAAAACUGUUGCAAUUCUCGAGGGGAUGUACUCUCGCUAUCCAACUGAUGAACAGUGAUGGAGCUCCGGUAAGUUCUAAUGGCUCACAAUCAGGCGAUUACUACUACGAUGAGGAGGAGGAGGGAGAAGAAUCAUCAAGCAGCGCCGGUUAUCACACAGAUGAAAGUUGUAGUCUUACACCUGAACCCUCAUUUAAAACCCUUCAAGGUCUUAGCUGUCAGGAUGCUGGAGCGGAACGUCUUUGUGAACGUUACGCUGCUCUUUACACCCAAGCAAGUCAGCACACGCUUGAGGCACUUAAUGGGCUUCUACCAUUAAAGGACGCACCUGAACUCAAGACUAAGAUAUUGUAUUCGAUUGUUGUAUUAUCCUGGCGUUUAGCUGGGAUUUUGCAAGCUUCGCGUCGCAUCGAAGCACUGAAGAUACUCAACGGCGGUAACACGCAUUUACAAGCGUCAGCACCACCGGAUCUCGAAGACUGCAUACGCAGACAAUUGGCAACCGUUGGAGCACAAUCAGGAGCUCGCGAUGUUGCUCAUCAAGUCACAAAUCAACUUGAGCGCACUUUGUAUGAUUUUCCUUGUUUAAGAGACAGCAACGAGGUGAAAAAAUAUACAUUAGCUUGUUCUCGAUUAGCAUGGGCUUGCUUAGCUCGCAAUACACCGUUGGUAUUGGAAGUAGCUCACGGUCAAGAUUUCAGACCCGAAAUUCACUCGCGGCACCGAUCGUCUACCAAUGGAAUGAAAAUCAAAGCUAUUCUAUGGCCUGGACUUCGCGAAGGAUGUCAAGGACCAUUCUUGCAUAAAAUUGUUGUUGUUACAAAUUGAAUCUAAUUUUUUUUUUAAGAUAUGUUUAUGUAAAUACUUUAAGCGGUUGUCAUCUUUCAGAUUUUCUAGUUCACUACAUUAUCUGUAAAUAGUUUAGAAACCGGAAACGGAUUUUUUCUUUUAGUAUUUUGUUUCUUUUUCUUUGACUUAUUUAACAUAUACGCUCAUGUGUAAAUAUCAUAAUCAUACGUUUAUGCAAAGCACACGCAUAUAUUUACAUUGUUCACUUGUAUAUAUAAUUGAAAAAAAACUGUAAAACGAGCCCUAGAGAAAUUUCACAAAUUAUUCGAAAGAAUAAUUUACUGAAAGUUGGAGUUAGAUAAAAAUAGUUCAGACGCAAAUAAUAUAAAUAUGUAACUGGAAAUCAUAAACAUAUG